AUGGCUGAACAGAUAGAAAAAGCUUUCCAAAAGCAAGCCAUUUUCCAGAACGCCAAGUCGCGUGCUGGUAAAAAGGUCUCGUCGAAGGACAAGCGUUGGUACAAGGAUGUUGGUCUGGGAUUCAAGACUCCCUCAGAAGCUAUCAAUGGGACAUAUAUCGGUGCGGCAGUUGUUUACGACUUCACAGAGAGUGCUCAUCUUGGGGCAGACAAGAAGUGCCCCUUCACCGGUGAAGUGUCAAUCCGCGGCCGUAUUCUAACCGGCAAGGUUGUUUCGACAAAAAUGACCCGUACCAUUAUCAUCCGACGGGACUACCUUCAUUACAUUCCCAAAUACAACCGGUACGAGAAGCGCCACAAAAAUUUGGCUGUCCAUCUUUCCCCUGCUUUCCGUGUCGAGGUUGGUGAUAUGGUCACAGUUGGACAAUGUCGGCCGCUGUCUAAGACUGUGAGGUUCAAUGUGUUGCGGGUAUCGAAGAACAAAGCGGCGGCCAAAGCAUUUGGCAAAUUCUAGGGGACGGGAUUAUUUUGUCAUGGCGACUUUUUUUACAAAGUAAAACCAUGCUUAUGUCCACCACUAUGAAUUGCGUAGCACUAAGUCCAGCGAAUGUGUCGCGGGGAUCAGACAUCUGCCAAAAAAAAAAAAGUUACAGUAUUCGC